UCUUACAUUCCUAAUAUCGAAUCAAGACGAAUUGUAUCGAAUUUAUUUUUCGUGAAGCAUCUUUUGGGCUGAACGCUUUUUUUUAUAGUAAUUCAAGGUUUUUAAUUGUUGAUAUAAGACCGUGUAAUAUGCAUUUAAUUAACAGAUUUUGAUAAAAAGAUUGAAGUUAAAAGAUGUAAAGUGCUAGAAAUCUGUUUUGUGCAUAAAGUUUGAAGAUUUCACGCAGGGUAUAAAUGGUAAACUAAUAUAAAAAAUAUUAAGCCUUUUUCAAGCGAAAAAAGCAGCAAAACUGACGUAUUUUAAAGUUACCAUCAAGAUAAAUAUCGAGAAUGGACGCAUUCGAUGUAUCGGAUCGAAAUAGUUGGUAUUUUGGACCGAUGUCUCGUCAGGAUGCCACCGAAGUCCUUAUGAGCGAGCGUGAACGAGGUGUGUUUCUAGUACGCGAUAGUAACUCUAUCGCAGGUGAUUAUGUAUUAUGUGUAAGAGAAGACACCAAAGUUAGUAACUAUAUAAUAAAUAAGAUACAGCAACAGGAACAAAUAUUCUAUCGAAUAGGUGAUCAAUUAUUCGAAAAUUUACCAAAAUUGUUAACUUUUUAUACGUUACAUUAUCUUGACACCACUCCUCUACGGCGCCCUGCUCCAAAGAAGUCUGAAAAAGUUAUAGGGAGGUUCGACUUUGAGGGAAGUGAUCAGGAUGAUCUACCAUUCAGACGUGGGGAAAUCUUGACUGUAAUCCGCAAAGAUGAGGAUCAGUGGUGGACAGCAAGAAAUCAGCAAGGACAAAUCGGCCAAAUACCUGUACCUUAUGUUCAAAGAUGCGAAGGAAAUUCAGAUGACAACUGCAUUGAUCGACCCUUGUCCGGUGUAAGCGAUUGCGGUAAUGCUUUGGGACCUAGCAAUAGUCUUCGUUCGCCAUUGCUGACAAGCGGUACUUGCAAAAGUGAUGCCACAGAACAUUCUACUACGAAUUGUCACCAAUUGAGCAAUUCGCUCAAAAAAUCCGACCUGAAUCGCAAAUUACCAGCGUACGCACGCGUGAAACAGGCACGUGUACCCAAUGCAUAUGACAAAACAGCGUUGAAACUGGAGAUUGGCGAUGUAAUUAGAGUAACAAAAACGAACAUAAACGGUCAGUGGGAGGGAGAACUUAAAGGCAAAAAAGGCCACUUCCCGUUCACACAUGUUGAAUUUAUUAAUGAUUGUGAUUCUCUGCAUAGCAUUGACGAAAGUACGACGGAGACGCAUUCUGCGCUAAGCAUAAAAAACGACUGGGGGGAAUAACUCAUUUAAGAAAUUUCUAUUUCAAGUUGUAUGAUUUUUGCUAUGUUUCUCUUAAUAACUAA